CCUGGAACAGAUGAGCGCAGAAUAUUUAGGCGAAAACGCGAGGAGGGGGUGGGAUCGCGGGGCAGGAGGAGUAUCUCCGCCAAGAAAAUUAUGCAUGCGUUAGGGAAGCUCUGAGAGAAUGGCUGUGGAAGUUCUUCAUCAUUGGGGUGGAAAUGGAGGAGAGCUGGGUGAUGCUGAGCUGGCCUCUCUGGAAGAGCCAACUGUGGAACCCAGAGGACUCGCCUGUUGGCAUGACCACGUGCUCUGUGGCGACGCCUUUGUCGUCUGUCUGAACAUCUGGGUUCCCAGUCUCAGGGAGCCGCCAGUAGGUCAAGACUCCCUGAAAGAAGAAGGAGCUCUCCACUGCGGUUUGAAUCCACGGGGUAUUGAUCACCCUGCCCAUGGUGAAAGUAUUAAACUACAAAUUGAAGGUGAAGGUGUUGAGUCUCAAUCCAUUAAAAAUAAAACUUUCCAGAAGGUGCUUGACCAAAAAGGAACCCCCAAGAGACUGCAGACAGAAGCCGAGACAACUAAGUCGGCUACAGUGAAGCUGUCAAAACCAGUGGCCCUGUGGACCCAGCAGGAUGUCUGCAAGUGGCUGAAGAAACAUUGUCCGAAUCAGUAUCAGAUCUACAGUGAGUCAUUCAAACAGCACGACAUAACUGGGCGAGCCCUGCUGAGACUUACAGACAAAAAGCUUGAACGAAUGGGGAUCGCCCAGGAGAACCUCCGGCAGCUCAUCUUGCAACAGGUGCUCCAGCUGAAGGUGCGAGAAGAAGUCAGAAACCUACAGUUACUCACGCAAGAUAAAAACAGCCAGAAGCAAGAUGGCAUGAGAUCACAGGUAAUGCAGUCCACAGGAGUCAGCCUCCCAGAGCAGGACCAGACAGAAAAGCCUCAGCCGAGGGUUCUCCAUAAAUGCAGUUAGCCUUCCAAGCUGCUGUCCUGCCAGUCAAUACGAACAUGGCCUGUUCCUCACAGAAAGACUAACUCAUGGCACUGCCAGAAGAUAUCCUUGGAGCAUUGACAGAUUAACCAGAUUAACUGAGAAGCCACCCAUUCAGUCAAGAUUACGGGCUUUGGAAAAUCUUAGUUUGCUCUGGAUUUUUAAAUGAGGUGCAUAAUAUACAGUGCCAACUUGUUCCAAGUGGUCAUUGGCAGACCAUUAGCUGGAAAAUUGCUUCCAGUUUUCAUCACUGUGCAUAACUGAGGCUCCCUUUGGGGAGCUGUCUGUGCCCUUCACUACAGGUCCUGUUUGAGCAUGGCAACUACUGGAUUAUUUUAUUAUAUGUGCAGAUGGCAUGAUGUGUUAGAAAAAAAAAAAUUACAGCAGUCCUGCAAUCUCAGUGGAAGUGUUCACAAUAUUAUGCCCUGGUAGGAAUAUAAAUAUGUCUCGAUUGUGUUAGUUAUGGUGUCUAAAGGUAGUCUGUCCAACUCUUCAGCACUUUACAUGAUAACCCUACACCGAAACGCAUCAGCACGUUCAGUACAUGUGAGAAGACAAGUCUUUUCUUCUUUCUUAUAAAUUUUGUCCUAUUUGGCUCAGACUGUCCAAGGCAAGACUCCACUCUCAACAUAUACCCCAUAGUUUGGGACAGGUUGGUAAAUAUGGCCACAGUACUGUUAGACUUAAUCUCUUGACACUUUACUGGAUUUCUUACAGCACCAAAGGGAGAUAAAGGUGGGCCUGGGGAAUGGUGGUCAUUUCCUCUUCUUUCUUCUUCUUGGGCACAACUUAGCACAAGCACAUCCACGCACUCAAACACAGGAGGCUUCUUUCUAAUUGGCCAGUGUACAUAGUCUCUCUUUCUAUAGAAGAGUUCUUUCACCAAAAGUGGGGGGAAAUGGCCAUAUUUUCAUCUUAGACUAUGGUGCAUUGAUAGUGAGGACAGCAGAAUAAAGGGGUGUGACUUUAACACUUUGGAAAACGCUUUAGGUCAAAGUGUUGAUCUCAGUUCUCUGAAGAGGAAAAAAUAGCGUGACCCCUUGCAUGUCUAGGGAAGCAAGAGUUUCCAACCACACACUAGGUUUCUUCCUCAGAAGAGAACCUACUAGUCCUUUUUAAUCCUAUCUGGAAUUAUACCCAUAACUAAUAUUUUUAACCAUGUUUUACAACAAAGCACAGUCCUUGGAUGCCAGUCAGCCUGGUUAUUGCUUGUCUUUAGGAAUUAGAGGAAUGUUCAUGUUGACUGACCCUAUAUCAUGCUUUAGGCAUUUUUUCCCCCUGAAAAUGUAAAGUUGACUGAAUCAGAAACUCAGCCAAGUAUGUUCUGUGUGCCCACAGUCCCAGUCUGUGGCUCGCAGGCAUAGGAGACUUUUCUUUAAAUACAUGUAACAACCCUGGGACCCAGCCAGCACAAGCAAGCUUGGCAUUUUAGAGGGUCACCAGACACACACUCAUUGUCUGUUCUCCCCACAUCUUUCCUCCCCUGGGGGUAUCAGGAAAUGCACAGCCCAUUAGAAAACGUCCUGCCUGAGAUUUGGAAGCUUGACAGGGAAGGAGGGAGAUCCAAAGGUGAUUCGGGUGAGUCACCGGGCCAGAUGCCUCACUGUGAGCCUGCAGGCUGUGGUGCCAAAGAAGGGGGCUUCCAAGAGGGAACGCACAGGAGCUUCGGUCACCGCCAAGAUCUGGCCCUUUGGUGGGUCAGCAUCAGGACCAACACUAUAAUUCUUUACAGAUCCAAAAUGAAGAGGCCAAAGCCUGGCUGCCAAUGCCCCUGGACACCUCAGUCUCCACCACCCGUCUCCUGAGGUUCGAUUCCAACAGCAGAGCUCACUCCAGUCUUUGUUUCUUCCUUUCUUUAGAAAUCAAGUGUCUAUUGAGCAUCUGCUAUGAGCCAAGCAUUGAGCUGGGGCACUAUGGUUUACAAGGUAGACUCUCCCUGCCCUUAUAUCUCCUCCUCCCAAACACUAUCCCAACCCCACCUUUUCCACAGUGAAAACUGGAUUCAGACAGCAUUCACCCCUCCAGAGCAAUGUAGGGGAGACGGUUGCACACAGUUCCCGUGACUGAGGAAGCAGGCGGCAGAGGGGGAGGUAUUGGACAGCAUCAGCCCACGUAUUUGCACCCAUUAUGUACCGCCAACCCUUCCAGCAACCAAAUUUAGCUGAUGAGCGCUUCCCAAAGCAAGUUUCAGUUGCUUCUCCUGAUAUCCACCCUGGUCACCUAUAUUCCCAUCCCUGUACAGAAACAGCCAUUCGUCAUUAUGCUGACAUCUCUGGAAGCCCAGUUCUAUAACUAGUCCUGGGGAUACAGAAUUGGGCCUGAGGAACUCAACAGAGCUACUGCCAGGUGCUGAGAUACUGUAGCUGGGGAUGCAUUGGUUUAGCUGGGAACGUUAAUGACUGUUAACACCCUUGGAAAACCGAACAUGCUUUAUGGAGCAGAUAGAUAUUCAUUAAAUGGUGGUGAUUCAUCCUUACUUUGGCUUUUGCAAAAUAUGUUAUGAACACGUAAAUAAGUAGAGUUGUCUAGCCCUUUUCUUUUGAGUCAAAGUGUACUGGACGGUUAUUUAAAGAUAGUGGGUGAAGGUGGAAAUAAGAGAGGGCAAAGAUGGAGACAGUGAAAGAGCCCCAUUGAAGAUGGCUUCUCUAAAAAUGCCUUAAUUCCUGGCACGUACCACAUAUUUGCAUAUGAACUGCUACUGUUUUCCAAACUGUCAACCUCUGUUUGAAAUCAUUUGAGGGCAUGGUGUUGGAAAUGUGGCUUAAAACCAGAACAGUCAUGACCUAAACCAGCAAAACUGGAGAAACGAUUUCCUUCUCAGCGUUGGGAUUCUUUGUUCUGUGCUGACCCACAGUUACCCGUGGCUACUUCCUGCUGUGUUGUACCUUCUUCCCAAGAUGGCGUGUAGGACAUUUUACCUCCCAGAGAUGGCUCUGUCGAGUUUUGUUUAGUAGGAGGCAGGAAAUGGGAAGGAAGACUAUGAAGGCUUUGAUGUCUAAGGGCUGUAAACUGUUGAUGCGUUAACUUUUCCUCUUACUUGAACUUGCGCUGCACCUUUUAUUAAAAGUCUGGCCCCUACACUCACAUAGGAAAAGCACUUUUGGGAAUGAACAGAAACGAAUAAACAGACUCUCUGGGGGUGCCAAGGCGGAUAAGCUCAGUUCGGGCUCCAGAACUGAAUUUAAAUAUGCAGAGCAUCGGUGGUUCUGCUAGGGUAAAAAGCACAUCACCCGAGUAGUUUAAGACGCAGCUGGGGGACAGAGACACUAUCAGCUUUCUUGUGGGUAAUGGCAUGUCUGAUUCCCUGCUUAGGCUCUGUGAGGUGUGUAACUGCGCCAUCCACUUCUACCUCCAGAUUACAGAGAAAUAACCCGGAUUCCCUCCAGAGUCCUUUCUCAGUUGCCCAGACAGGUGAAUAGUCCUUCGUUCUGGGGGAAUUAAGCCUCUUUUUUAACCUUCAAAGGGAAAGGAAUAUCAACCUUACGUGAGAAUAUAAACGAAGGGUUAAAACCUCUAAUAGAUGCACUCCCUUGUUUCUUACAAAGGCUUUCUUUGUCUGCAAAUGUCACGUAAUUGUUUUGGGAUAGGAACAAUACAAGUCUAAUGGAAGAAAAGUUUUCAAGACCCCCUUAGUACUUUCUCUUACCAAAACCUCCUCUUCCUGUGCUUAGCAGCUUCAUUCUUUGUGAUGCUUUCCUCUGCAUUCUUUAGAGUAAUUUUGUUACUUGACAACUAGACUUCAAGCUGCCUGUCGUCUCUUUUUAAAAACUUAAUCUUUAAAAAGACAUCAGUUCUUCUAUGCCUUAAAGGCUGUUUUUAUUCACCUCUCCCACACCCCCUCCACCUCACUUUCUUGCUUUUUUGUGUUGUUUUUUUUUUUCCCCUUUUAAUCUCUUUCUUCUUUUCACAUGGUUCCUUGGGUAGAUUUCAAGUAUUCUAUAAAGAACUCAAACAGAGAAUCAUAGUUGUCACCUUUUUUCCCCAGGACUGACUAAGAAUUCCUUCUUAAGUUUGAUCUUGGUGAAAGCUAGUUGCCCAAACAACACUGGGACAAGGAUUCUGAUCUGGGGGUGAGGUGGGGGGCUGGUGGUGGUGAUGGCAGGUCAGUGCUGAUAAUCAAAACAAGGGCCGUGUGAUCACAAGAGAGGACAGCCCACGAGAUGCACUGCUCAGGACACAGCCGGGGACUCAUUUUCAAAGACAAGCAGGUCCUUCUCCUUAGUCUCCUGAGAUGUGCAUCUCAUCCCGUAGCCAGGGAACUCGCUUGUGAGUUCUGCUUUAUCAAUGUGAAAUAUUCCUGGCUCUGAGACACAGCUUCAAGGUCAAAGAGAACUGUUUUUGCAUGGUUUUGCUCUGGUGACUUACUCCAGGAAGGAGAUGGGGAGCCUUCUUUUGAAGGUGAACCACCUGCGGUAAGCUUAAGGAAAAAUUAGCCAAGGAGGUUACACCAGCCCUUAAUGAAAAGCAUGAAAUAGAGUCUUCCCUGGAGAGCUCAUUGGGAAGAUGGCUAGGAGCAUGGCACCCUGGCUUCCUCAGACCAUCGUCUUGGCUCUGCAGGGAAAAUUCUGGGCAAGUGCGGCAAGCACUAAGAUCUGGCCUUUUCAGGGUGAAAUUUGCCUGUGACAGAUAGAUGUGCCGCUGAGUAGGGACUGGUUUUAGACAUCUUGCUCAACUGGAGAAUUCCAUGGACAGAGAAGCCUGGCGGGCUACCAUCCGUGGGGUCGCAGAGUUGGAAACGACUGAACGACUAACCCUGACUGACUCAGCAGCACAGACUGAGAAAUUACCAACACAGAACAGCAGAAAAGGGACACAGAACAGCAGAAAAGGGGCACAGAAGGCACUGUAAAUCUGGAGUUUCCAUUGCCACAUAUAGGGCUAUUUAAAACCUUGCAGAGCCCCAAGCAUCCUUACUUCAGAGGUUCCCUUCUGCAAUUAUAUCAAGCACUAGCAGGCACCAACAGCUCAGGCCUCAUAAAAUUUCAAAGUAACCAUAUGACUUGCAUUGAAUUGCAGGUGACUGGCUGAAGUUAUAGAUAUUUAAACAUUACUUCUGAUUAUACAAUAUCUUUUUCAGCUGUGGGAGCCAGUGGUGUGGGGUUUCAUUGUUUGUUUCACUGUUGUCUUGUUUUGCAAACGUCCAACAUUUACGGAAGCCUUAGAAAGGCUCUUAAAGCCAGGCCUUUUUGCCUAAAGGACAGUGAUUGAAACAGCCAUUUGAUGUAAACAAGGAGACUGUUAAAUUAAGCCAAAGUUGGAGAUACUAACACCUAAAAUCUUUAAGGCUGGUUGCCUUCUGCAUUGUUUAUAGCCUUUUAAAUUUCAGCCAUUUGGAUCAAAGGAAAUGAAUAGGUUGCCUUCACGUGGCCUUGGCACAUUAGCAUACACAGCUACUACAGGUGGAAUUCUAGGCUGGGUGGAUGUGCCAAAGCCCACAGAUCUGUCUCAUGUGGUUGUAUUUAAUCACCACCACCCACCCCCCAAUUCCGAUGAAAAUAUAUUCAAAUGCUUUACUCACAAGAAAAUUCUAAAAUGAGACAUGUUAUUUAGAUCAUUGCUUCUCUCAGAGGAAGGGGUAUUGAUUUUGUGACAUAAGCUUGAAGAAAAUCACCUGCCAUUAAAUACCCUGAUGGUCGCUUCUGUCCCAAUCCACAAGCAUACCCUGGUCUUCUCCCAUCUCCUCAGUGGGCAGCCCGGCCUCCCUCUUAAGUAGCACACGUGUUAUAAAGACCCCUUCUGAAUAGACUCUGUUCAAGCACAAUUCCAAAAACGCAGUUUGAAUUUUGAGGACCGCCUUGGUCCUUGAUAUGAUUCCUUAAAUCAAUUCUAAUUCUUUAUAUCUAUUUUCAGUGUUUUUUUAAGCCACAGUCAACUGCAUUUAUAUGUUUGCAUUGGUCACUUCCCACUCACUCUGUCACAGCUUUUGAGCAAGCCUAGACAAUAAAGAAUCUGCCUGCAGUGCAAGAGACCAGGGUUUGAUCCCUGGGUCGGAACAAUCCCCUGGAGAAGGGAAUGGCAACCCACUUCACUAUUCUUGCCUGGAGAACCCCAUGGACAGAGGAACCUGGUGGGCUACAGUCCAUGGGGUCUCAAAGAAUCGGAAACAACUGAGCAACUAACACCUUCACUUUUACACCAAUUCCCACUUAAGACAUUUGAGAAAAGACCAGAAAUAUUUCCCUGUGUACCAGCUGCAGAAGUUUUGAAGCCCAUAACCAGGUUCUUUUUCACAUCAAAAGGACCCUGUUUAUAGGUGGAAACCUUAAAGAGAAAUGGGAGCAUGCAAGGGGGUAGGAUUCACAUUUGAACGCUGGAACCUUUGUCUUUUUCAUCAUAAUCUCACUCUCCCAUCACAUCACCCUUCUCUUUCGAAAAGCAGUAGCCUCUUUGCUGAGUGAGUGUGGACCUCCCACUUGGGGUAGUCUGGGUUCCACUUGCUUAAAUUCACUCAAAGAGAAUUAGAAGGUUCUCAGGGGCUCUGAGCGAUUCCAACACCUCUACUUCUCCUUCCCCAGUCGAAAAACACUAUCCUUAUGUGGCCAGGUUUGAGAAGACCGUGAUUUAACAAGUGGAAGUUCCUAUUUCAGAGAGCUGAAUAGAGCCAGCUUCUUGACCCUGCCCUGUCUCAGUCGUGAGACACAGACUCAUCUGCUGAAAAGCCAAGGGAGCGCGAAUGCUUUGAAACGAGUUCCACUGUCAUUCUGGUGUCGCUCCAUCACACCUGCUGUAGUUCCAGGUAGUCCAGCUAUUUGAUAGUGUUAGGUACCAAAUUAAACAGCUGUACACAAAAUUUUAGAAAAGAUCAAUCUUGUAAAUCAAUUAUAUAUUAUCCAUCAAAAAUACCCGAGAAAAGAAAAUAUUGAACUGUUGUUUCUGUACUUGAAUAUUCUUAGGAUUCUGUGGAGAGUGGCACUGCUCUGAUAAAGGGGAAACCGUUUCGAAUUCAAGAAUACUUGCAUUCAAGAGAAAUUGCUCAUCUCUCUGGGCCUUUGCUCAUCUGUCUGGGAUGUUACCUGUUCUGCCUUAGCAGACAGGGUUGUUUGGAGGCCAAAUUGAGCUAAGGGGAGAAGCUGUUCUGUAUCACCAAUGUCUGUGUAUUCAUCAUGGUGAGCAGGGCUGUGGGCUUUCAUCAGUGAGUUCCUUUCCCUUGUAUUAUGCCUUUCUCUCAUAGCUGUUUUUACUGAGUCCAUUCUGGGAUGCUAAAAAGUGAAAUGGUAAGAAAGUACCAAUCAACGUUUUGGGGAAGCUACCAAAUUAUUUGAAGGAAUGCUACUUAGGAAGAAACUUCAGUAGAUGUUUUGGUACAACGUAUAAAAAAGGUAAAGGUAACUCAAGCAUUUUGUAUGCACACACAAUACAUGGGGGCUGGUCUGCAGAACCUAUGGCCAGGGUGACCGUUUAUCUCCACCUCUCAAAGGUUUAGAGCGCUGUGACCGAGCUGAGGGAGAGAGUGCGGGCUGGGCUGAGCGCAGGUGAAGAUUGCCAACCCUCAGGUUAAAAAAAGCCAAUGAAGUUGAUGAAUUGCUGGUCACAGGAAACAGCCACAUCGAACUUCCUAGAUGAGCUGGUGUCUUUGUGCUAGGAAAGGAAGAGGAAGAAAAAUCACACCAUGUGAACCGAAUAUAAAAGGAGUGCUUUCAGUUGCACGAGUGGGAAAAAUUCUGACCAAAAAAAAAAAAAAGAAAGUUCACUAUUUUACAAACACUAGCAAACAUGGCUAUAAAAGCACAUUUCAUAACACAAAAGCCUACGUAGAUGGGAGACAUUUUUAUAGCUUCCUUAAGUGAGUAGUUAAACCAGCAGUCUGAAAUCUCUUAGUCCCCUAAGAGUGGUUAAUUAAAUAUUUUCCUUAUUCAUUGCCCGCAACUGUGGGUUGUUGUUUUUUUUUCCCUCUAUGCACCCUAGAAAAUUCCCAAGACUAGACUUAAGGAGGACACAAGCUGGUUAUGUAGUAAAAUAAGAGUGCCUUUUCUGUUGGAUGUUCAUUUUAGUUCCCUGAGUUCCCAGGGCAUACAAUGUUUAGAAACUUCUUUCUCUAAACACAAGAAUUAUUGCACACCGCAAUUUUGAACUACCAAUUUCCAUAUCUUAAGCAGCUAUCAACUUGCCAAUUCCCUUUGGGUCUUCUUUACAUUUUUCUUAUAAUGUUUCCCUGUGUUCUGGGUUGUCCUCAAAAAGAGUUUCGGGGUGGGGGCAUGAUUCUUUCUAAAUUGAUAGAAAUGAAACUACAGAUUUUUGCCCCCUUGUAUCUGUGAGCAUGAUCUCUAUCAGGCUUGAAAAUCUGCUUUAUCAUUUUUGUAUAUUUGACUAUUUUGUAUUCAGCAUUACUUGAUUCCUUAUGUGCAUGGCAAUGUAUUAAAAUGUGGGAUUUCUAUUACCGUG